AUAAUCCCUUCCAGCGAGUCAAGCUUGUGGUACUCAGUCCGAACAGACGCCAGUUCGAAAACAGCAGUAAGCUACUGCAGCACUAAGGCAUAGUACUCAGGGCCCAGUGUCGGUCUCUGACUUGUGCUAUCUGGUACUUCAUCACGUCGUCCUUUGGUUUCGUCACUUCACGUUGCUUCCACCUUGACACCUACUGUCUCGGCCCAUCUGCUUUUGUGACCUUUGUUGACCUCUUUGCUUGACUUUUCGUUCGUCCGUCUAUCUUGAGCUCUUUCGCUUCUCCCAUCUGCAGUCACCACGCCAUCAACUCGAUCAGCUCAUCACUCCACACAUCCGGGUCAAGUACAAUCAUGGCUACCAAAGCUCACUGUGCCUACUGCUUUGAGGUGCUCGUCGCCAGCUUCGAAAGUCGCCAACCCCUGUCUCUGUCACAAGUCGAAGAUCUCUGGACCGCUCAGAAUGGACAUGAAGAGGAGGAAGACACACCCGAUACGAAUGAUGAAGACAACGAGCUAGAGUCGAGCACGAGCCGUGUUCCUGCCAUCUCACGCCUUCUCGACUCCGACACACCCGCCUCCAACUCUUCCUCAUCGAGCUUGACAUCGUCCACACAACCCUCGACCUCCUCAAGCAGCACAUCUCUAUCCUCCCGCUCCGCCAUAAGCCCCUCAGACUCGUACCCUCUCUUUGUGACCUGGAACACAAUCUCCCCACGCAACACCCACCAGAAGACCCUCCGCGGUUGCAUCGGCACCUUCAAGCCUCUGCCCCUCGAACAUGGACUUGCCGAUUAUGCUUUGACCUCUGCCUUUGAAGAUACUCGCUUCCCGCCCAUUCCUGCUUCACAGCUUUCACAGCUGCAGUGUUGUGUCACGCUACUCACUAAUUUCAGCAACCCGACUAAAGAUGUCAUGGCGUGGGAGGUGGGGAAACAUGGUAUAAAAAUUAGUUUCAAAUUCCAGGGAAGGAAUCUGGGAGCUACGUAUUUGCCUGACGUCGCGAAAGAGCAGGGGUGGACUAGAGAGGAGGCGUUGAUCAGUUUGAUGAGGAAGGCUGGGUGGAGUGGAAGGAAGGAUGAGUGGAGGAAGGUUGCUGCUGCUAUGGAGUUGAUUACUUACGAGGGCAAGAAGGUGGAUUUGGGGUAUGCUGAGUUCAAGGAGUGGAGGGACAGGGUUGGAAAGUAGGUGUGGUUUCAACUUCACUGGCGCUCUCAGCUUUCUCUUAUGGCUCUUACGACACGGCGUUGGCACCUCAUGGAACAUGCGAACUUUUGGUCCUCACCACCCUUUCUUUUAAUACACAGAGCUGGCUUUCCUCGUCUCUUUGCUCCCCUUUCAUCUCUUUUCUUCUUAUCGCCGAUUCUGAAAGUUUUGGUGUUGCGCGUUGAAUCGUCCUCGCCGCUUACCCUUUCCCAUAGCGAUCACGACCGUCUUGUCUUUCCCAUAGCGAUUUCUUGUUACCAAUCUUGCCCACACAACAAUCGAACAUUUUUCAACGAAAAAAUCAAAGCAAAACAAUAUGCCGAUAUCGUCUCUCACAG